AUCGUCUGUCAGGCCGCUGGUGGGAAUCUGGCCUCCGUCCACUCAGCUGAGGAACAUGCAUUCCUCAGAAACUACAUUAAGCAAGUGACCGGUUUCUACAAGACGUCCUGGAUUGGAGGCUUUGACGCAGUGAAGAAGGGGAUGUGGAUGUGGACCGAUGGAUCCAAAUUCGACUACACAAGCUGGACUGUGGGGCAGCCUGACAACGUACGGUGGCAUGGAGCUGUACGUCCAUGAACUGGAAUGGAGAGAACUGGAACGACUCAUCCUGCAGCGACGAUGACAACCGGACUUCUUUCGUGUGCUCCAUGAACCUGUGUGUGACUCCAAGGGGCCAUCAUGACGCUGCUACAGCUCCUCUCUAAUCUCUGAUCCACUCAGUCUGUUUACUAUCUGAAGAGAUAGGGAACAGGUCACAUUUGGGUUUAAUAUUAGACAGAAACCUGGACCAAAAGCAAUCAGUAAUUGGACUUUUAAUCUUCAGUAAAUAACACAAAAUGAAAUACAGAAAACAUUUGAAUGCUCACACAUCUUUUCCAUUUUAAUUUACUGAAUAUUGUCCGUUAUAAACAGCAGCCACUCAUCUGAUUAAAUGUUAACACACUAAUUAGAUUUCUCACUCAGAGUUACUGUUCAGAUCGAUACAACUCUCAUCUGUGUAUGUUAAAUAUGAAGUUCCCUCGAGCAGAUGAAAACAGCUAGCUUAGCUUAGCAUAAA